AUGAAGAGAAGCCGAAAAGUUGAAUUUCCUAAUGUUGAAAAGUGUUUGUUAGAAUGGAUAAAAGAAAUCCGCGACAAAAAUAAUCCCAUGGAUGGCCCAUUAUUAAAAGGAAAAGCCAGUGAUUUUGCGAUCAAACUAGGAAUAAAAGACUUCUCAGCUAGUAACGGCUGGUUUCAGGGUUUUAAAAGACGACAUGAUAUAGUUUUUAAGAAAUUAUCCGGAGAAAGUAAAUCUGUGGAUGUAAGUGUAUGCAAUCAGUGGACCAAAGAUCUGCCGAAUCUUUUAAGGGAAUAUGAUCCAGAAGACAUUUACAAUGCAGACGAGACUGGUUUAUUUUUUAAGUGUCUACCAGACAAAACUUUUGCCUUUAAAGAAGAAAAAUGCCACGGAGGAAAACAAAGUAAGGAACGUAUUACUGUUCUUCACUAA